UCUUCUAAUCUAACCUCAAUCAAAGUAGUUUAUAAAUAAACAUUUUUAAUAAUAAAUAUGCGUGAUCGUUGAUAAGUCUGGACCAAAUAUUUAUUGACAUUCAAAGUGAUUUUUUUCUUUUUGUGAGAGUUUUAAGUUUCAAACGAAAAAUGGAUUCAUCAGAUGAAGAUAUACCUUCUUUGAUUCCGGCUGAAUUCAAACCUGUUCCAGUUACUAUUAUUACUGGAUAUCUAGGAGCGGGGAAAACUACCCUUUUAAAUUACAUCCUUAAAGAACAACACAACAAAAAAAUAGCUGUCAUUCUGAAUGAAUUUGGUGAAGGAAGCGCUCUUGAAAAAAGCGUGUCCAUAACCCAAGAAGGAGAGCUAUUUGAAGAAUGGCUGGAAUUGAGAAACGGUUGUCUUUGCUGUUCAGUCAAGGACAACGGAGUCAAAGCCAUUGAAAAUCUUAUGGCAAAGCGAGGAAAGUUUGACUACAUUCUACUAGAAACCACAGGAUUGGCUGAUCCCGGCCCAAUUGCGACCAUGUUUUGGCUGGAUCAAGACCUUGGAAGUGACCUAUACCUUGAUGGAAUCAUCACAGUGAUCGACUGUAAAAACGGCUUGUCGCAACUGAAGGAAAAGCUGAAAGAUGAUAGCGACAACAAAAUAAAUGCUGCUAUCAGGCAAGUGGCUCUUGCAGAUUUCGUCAUUCUAAACAAAACCGAUUUGGUAAAAAAAGAACAAAAGAGUGAGCUCAUAUCCGCAAUAAGGUCUAUCAACGCCAGCAGUCCAUUGUUGGAGACUGUCAAAUGCACAGUUUCACUGGACGACAUUUUGGACCUUAACGCUUACUCCGGAAAUAGACAAGACAGGAUAACUUCCAUAGUUGAAGAAGUGAAGAGGAACGAAAACUCAUCACAUUUAGACCAGGAUGUUGGAACAGUUACUUUGGAGCUGGAGAAGGGUGUUUCCAGAAAGUGCUUGGAACUGUUCCUCCAGAGAUUACUGUGGGAGAAAACCGUUGUUGACAAAAAAGGAAAUCCGUCCACGAUAAUUCGGUUUAAGGCGCUGUGUAGGUUAUCAGAUGAGCCCCGCCCCGUGCUAGUCCAGGCAGUGUACGAUAUGUACGAUUGUCAAUCAGUGGAGUCUGAGGACCAAGUCGGCUGUCGCUUCAUCUUUAUAGGAGGCUUAUUGGAUACAACUGAAGAGGACUAGAACGAUUCCAAGGAUAAAACGAAGAGGAACUCUGGACUGGAUCAACGCUGAACCCCGUCGUUGGCCUUGAGGAUCUCCAAACUCUUCUGGGACUUCACGCCGGGGAGAGCUACAACCAAAAGAUAAGUGCAUUAUGUGUUUCUUUAUUUAUAAAUUACUUUAAAAUCUCAACAUAAUUACACGCAGUCUUCAAAAUUGGAUAACUGACAGAAAUGGACACUCCAGUUGGACACUUAAGUACCGGCGUCGUAGAUAAAAUGUUAAUUCGUCAGUUAUCCAGGUAGUUAUAAUAUUUUUCGACUCUGGUCGCUGACAAUUUAGACAGCUUCCGAAAAGAAAAUGCUGCUACAAAUCAGGAAGUUGUGCAAUUGUCAGUGGCCAGGUAUCCAGCAUCGGGACCGUCAAGAUAGGGACCUUGAUAGUUUCAUUUAGGAACACUACAGUACACAGUAUAUAUGCAACAUGUCUUAUGUUGAUUGUAAGUGUACACAGUACUAAUAAUUGUAUGUUUUUUCCAGCCCAUGGCGAGGAGAUCAACCAAUUCCAUCGGAUAAAGUCUACCAACUCCAAGGGGCUCUGUGAACGAAGACACUGGAUCAUCGUGAGAAAGCAUGGUCUCAAGCAGCAAGCACGUACACGUCAGAUGAGUGUCUACAGGCUGUUCCUCUGGACUUGGCAGUAUUGCUUGGCUGCGAUCUCCGUUCUUCACUACUAAGGCACUGGCUUGAGGAACUAGGACUUCCACUAAAACUAACAACCUGUAAAUAAGUCCUUGAAAUACGCUACUAAAGAAACUACAGAUGCCUACUCACCUACACACAGAGAGGCACAAU